AUGCCCGCGGAGACGCUCCGUGACGGCGUCAUCAGCAAGGCGACCGACGUGUACUCCAUGGGUGUGCUGCUUUGGCAGCUAUACACCAGCUCACGACCCUGGGCGGGCCUGCGCCAUGGCCAGAUCAUUGUCAUGGUCGUCACGCAGAAUGCCCGCCUUCGCUUUCCGCCGGGCUGCCCACCCGCCUACGAGGACCUGGCUAUGGCCUGCAUGGACCCCGACCCGAGCUGCCGGCCCCCGAUCGAAAAUGUGUUGGCGGAGUUGGAGUCCAUCCGGAAGGGCAACUUCUAG